GGGCUACUCGCAAGACCGUUAAGAGGGGCACUGCUCGACUUACAUCCUUCGCUGGCCACUUCGGCGUCUUCGAAUCGACCCGGUAAGAACCAAGUAACGUUCCUAAGACCCGAUUCGAUCGACUGAAUCGCGGAAAGGUUGGAAAGCAAGAGACUCUCAUACUGCUCGACGAGAGAGGAUGGCAUCGUGCUGGUGCACUCGAUGUGUCACCUAGAUAUUGAUGUGGGAUGAAGAGAACCAUACCAUCUGUCCCGGUUAUCUUGAGCAUCUCGAUUUGACCGAUGAUCAACCGAAAUACCAUUUGCUGAAAUUUCUCCAUACCUUUUGCACCUCCCCACCUCUUGAUGAUCAGACGAUUGGGAUCCCGUUCAUCAUGCCAAAGUCGACAGAUAAGGGCAAACAAAAGGCGUCGUCUGGCCCCCCUCAGACCUCAUCGUCCAUUGAUGAAAUCUUCGCUUCAUCCUCUACAUCCUCUCGAGUAUCACCAGGCAAUACGACGGCGGGCAGAGCAUCGAGGACUGUAGAUGCAUCUGGGUCAUCGAAGACAGGUACGAUUUUGACGGGCUCGGAAACGUCAAAGAAGAAGAAGAAGAAGCAGUUGAAGAAGGUUGACGGAAAAGGAGGAGCCGACGGCCAUGGCACUGGCAGUGAAUCGAGCAGUGCCGUCAAGAUGGCUGAGCUGGCAGAUAGCUCAAAGGUUGAGACGGUGGUGGAUCCUUCUUCAGUUGUCAAGGAGGCGAACACGAUGGAGAAGCAAGGGAAGAAGAAACGGAGUCAAGCAGCCACUGAGGAGGAUGAGGUAUUCAGAGAUAGCAGAGGUACCAGGCGUAAAACUGAGGAAGGCUUUCUAAUCUACAAGGAAGCGGAGCUUGGAAUCGAUCCAGAAGCUGGAGGAACACCGCUUUGCCCUUUCGAUUGCGACUGUUGCUUCUAAGUUCUAAAAAAACGACUUUGCAGUCCUGCGCACCGCUGCAUGAUAUGCUUUGUUUCAGCUUCGGCAUAGCCCUUUGCCCACAUAAACCACUCGUCGCCCUACAGG